UCAGAGGCGAUGAUGGCAGUGCUUGGUUUUUCCUAAAGAUGGUACUUCUGUGGACCCCACUUUGGUAGAUGGCCACAGAGAUAACAGAAGUAUUUGGGUUGCACCAAGUGACGCCCCACCACAGUCUCCGAGCUGGGAAAGAGGGUGCCAGCAGUGCCAAGACAGAAAUCCCUCUCUUAAAGCCACUCUGCAGAGAGAACACUCGGCUGUGACAUCACAUCGGCACACUGGUCUCUCUCUCUUUGGAAUACUCCAGUCCAGUCUGAAGGCAGAUCCAGCUAGUCAAACCAGACAAAAAAUGGCAGGUCCUCCUAAAUCCCCACGGAGCAAUGCCUGCAACCUCCUGCUGUCUUCCCUAGGCCUGUGGUCCUGUGUCUCCCUGGUGGUCAUCAUAGUGUGGGCAACAUGGCCCUCAACGAGGGACCACAACCAUAGGCUGUGUGAGGCAGCCAAGCAGACGGCCAUUGAGAAGUGUGCAGGCGUCAUGGCGUUCAGGGACAGAGACCGGAGGGCAUUCGAAGAGCAGCUAGACAGCAGCCGGCAGGCUCAGGCGUCGCUCAAGGCAGAACUGGAGGCUGUCGCAGGGCGGGUGGAGGAAGCUGAAGUGGCCCUACUGACAAGCCUGCAGAAGAAGGAGACAAUGAAAGACCACAUUGCCACUUUGGAAACAGCAAUAGAAACACACAUGGCGCAGCAGAAAAAUCUGUCAUCAAUACAGGCAUCGCAGACAGCCCACACUCACUCUUUGCAGACCAACCUGACAUGGAACAUUCACCACUGCGCCUCCUGCGAGGCCUUGGUCAGUGCCGCCAACAGCGGACAGAUGGCAGCAGAGAGUCAAAACAAAGCAUGUAUUUCUGCUAAUAAAUAUCUAACCAAACGACUAAAUACAUGCAGGAGUAAAGUCUACGCUGGAUAAGCCCGUGAAGCAAAGCAUAUUCACCACCACUUUGUAAUGUCAUGACUUUGUGUUUAAAAUAGUAAUGAUGAUAAUUAAAUGUA